AUGCACUUCAAUGCCCUCUCUGUAUUAGCGUUCGCUGCAGCGAGUAACGCCGUGAUCCUAGACUCAGCAAAGGUCAUCGGAACAUCAACCGGUCGAAUCACUAAAUACCUUGGCAUCCCGUACGCUAAACCACCCAUCGGAGACCGUCGCCUGAGGCUUCCGGAACCGAACAGCCCGUACUUUGGUGUUUUGGAUGCGACUGUCUACGGACCAGCAUGCCCUCAACAUAGGCCCGGAGGCUUCCCCAUACCAACUGCUGUCGGGAGCGAUGUCCUUGACCUCUUUGUGAAUACAAGCGCCAAGUAUCUAGCGGAAGGUAGAGCGCGGUGGAUUGAUGCAAUCCCCGAUUCAGGUCCUGAGAAUGAAAACUGCCUCUCUAUCAAUGUGCAAGUGCCAUCCGAAGCGACAUCAUCUUCAAGACUCCCGGUACUUGUGGUAUGUGGUUUCGAGGCUGGUACCACUAGAAUGUACAACGGUGGUCCAAUAGUAGAGAGAUCCAUCGAUUUGGGGGAGCCAAUUAUCUACGUCAGCAUGAACUACAGGCUAAAUGCCUUCGGAUUUCUGGCAGGCAAGGAAAUUAGGGACGCUAAAGUUGGGAAUCUUGGGCUACACGAUCAGCGCGAAGCCUUUCGCUGGGUGCAAAAGUACAUUGCCAACUUUGGUGGAGAUCCUCAGAAAGUCACCAUUUGGGGUGAGAGCGCCGGGGCAAUCUCGGUUUCUCUCCAUAUGUUGACCAACGGUGGGAACACUAAUGGACUCUUCCGUGGCGCGUUCAUGCAAUCCGGAGCGCCGAUACCUGUUGGUGAUCAUAGUGUCGGACAGAAGGCAUACGACGCGAUUGUCACCGGCACCGGUUGUACUGGGGCUCCUGACACCUUGUCCUGCUUGCGAAAAGUGUCCUACGGCGCGUUCAAGGCCGCCGUAGCGAACACGCCAUACAUCUUCUCGUAUCAGUCGUUGAUCCAACCGUAUCCUCCUCGUGUGGAUGGAGUAUUCUUGACCGAUCACCCGCAACAACUGGUCAAGAAGGGAUCGGUCGCCGACGUGCCUUUCGUAACGGGAGGUUGUGAUGACGAAGCUACAAUGUUUUCACUUUCGACUCUGAACGUCACCACUUCAAAGGAGUUUAAAGAGUAUAUCAAAACAUUGUGGCUGCCGAAAGCAUCGAGAUAUCAUCUCAACAAGAUCAUGAAACUUUAUCCCGAUGACGUGGAACAAGGCUCCCCAUACGACACUGGAAGUCUGAACGCAUUGAGCCCUCAGUUCAAGCGGUUUGCCUCUUUCCAAGGUGACGCUAUCUUCCAAGGCCCACGCCGCUAUUUCCUCCAACAAAGGGCUGGAAGACAGAAUACUUGGUCAUACAUCACUAAAAGGUUGAAGUGGCUCCCGUUCCUGGGAUCGUUCCACCUCUCGGAUUUGAUGUACACAUACUCGAGCGGCGAGCUUCAAGACUACUUGAUCCAUUUCGUGAAUUCCCUCGACCCCAAUGGAGAUGUCGCCCAAUGGCCAGAAUACACCCCAUCAUCGCCGAAUUUGUUGACGUUUGAAGACGACUUGGCUGGGCGACCAACGCUAACGAAGGACACAUUCAGGGGCAAGGCGAUUGAACUACUCACCCAACUCUUAUUGGAAAAUCCUGUUUAA